UUAGACAUAAACGGUUUUCUAUGUCGGUGGGAAUUUGCUUCGGUAAACGCAACAAACACAUGAAGAAGGAAUCGUUACGGAUUUUUUUUUUCACCCAACGUAAUUUGCCACGCAAAAAGACGCCAGGCUUUACUCUCAUUUAAAAGACAUACUUUCCCCGCGGUUCUGUGAUAAAGGUGUUGUCGUCAUCCUGUGACAACGGUAUCUUCUCAGCUGGUUGGUUUGAGGAGAGGAAGCAACGAUGCCGAAACCGAUAAAUGUUCGUGUGACCACCAUGGAUGCAGAGCUGGAGUUUGCCAUUCAACCAAACACCACUGGAAAACAGCUUUUUGAUCAGGUGGUGAAGACAGUGGGGCUACGGGAGGUCUGGUUUUUUGGCCUCCAAUAUGUGGACAGUAAGGGCUACAUCACUUGGUUAAAACUUAAUAAAAAGGUGACUCAGCAGGAUGUAAAGAAAGAGAACCCACUGCAGUUUAAGUUCCGAGCCAAGUUCUUCCCGGAGGAUGUUUCAGAGGAGCUCAUCCAGGAAAUCACCCAAAGACUUUUCUUCCUUCAGGUGAAGGAGGUCAUCCUGAAUGAUGAAAACUAUUGUCCCCCUGAAACAGCAGUGUUGCUCGCCUCAUAUGCUGUGCAGGCCAAAUAUGGAGACUACAGCAAGGAUGUCCACAAACAUGGCUACCUUACACACGACCGACUGCUGCCUCAGAGAGUGCUGGAGCAGCACAAGCUGACCAAGGAGCAGUGGGAGGACAGGAUCCAGACUUGGCAUGAGGAACACAGAGGAAUGCUCAGAGAGGACUCUAUGAUGGAGUAUUUAAAAAUAGCCCAGGACCUGGAGAUGUACGGCGUCAACUACUUUGAAAUAAAAAACAAGAAGGGCACACAGCUCUGGCUGGGUGUGGAUGCACUUGGCCUUAACAUCUAUGAGCAUGAAGACAAGUUGACACCAAAGAUUGGCUUCCCCUGGAGUGAGAUUCGAAACAUCUCCUUUAACGACAAGAAGUUUACUAUCAAACCCAUUGACAAGAAAGCACCGGACUUUGUGUUUUACGCUCCACGACUUCGCAUCAACAAGCGCAUCUUGGCGCUCUGUAUGGGUAACCAUGAGCUGUACAUGAGAAGAAGGAAGCCUGACACCAUCGAGGUGCAGCAGAUGAAGGCUCAGGCUCGGGAGGAGAAGCUUCAAAAGCAGAUGGAGAGGACCCAGCUGGAGAAUGAGAAGAAGAAGCGAGAGGCUGCAGAGAAAGAGAAGGAAAGGAUUGAGCGUGAGAAAGAUGAACUCAUGGAAAGGCUAAGACAGAUUGAAGAGCAGACCGUGAGAGCCCAGAAAGAGCUUGAGGAGCAGACACGCCGGGCCGUGGAGCUGGACCAAGAGAGAAGGAAGGCGCGGGAGGAGGCUGAGAGGUUGAACAAGGAGAGACGAGUAGCAGAAGAGGCUAAAGGCGAGCUGGCCAAACAGGCAGCAGACCAGCAGAAGAACCAGGAGCAACUGGCUGCAGAACUAGCUGAAUUCACAGCCAAGAUUGCUCUCCUGGAAGACGCCAAGAAGAAGAAAGAGGACGAGGCCACAGAAUGGCAACACAAGGCUCUUUCAGCCCAGGAGGACCUAGAGAAGACCAAAGACGAGCUGAAGACCGCCAUAAAUACGUUCCCCACCUCCGUGGGCGGCCACGCAGAGAGCGAGCACGACGAGCAGGAUGAAAACCACGCCGAGGCCAGCGCCGAGCUGUCCAACGAGGGCGUCAGCCAACUCGAUCUACGCAGUGAGGAGGCUCGUGUCACCGAAGCCCAGAAGAACGAGCGGGUCAAGAAGCAGCUCCUGACUUUAAGUUCAGAGUUGGCCGAAGCCAGAGACGAAACCAAGAAGACUCAGAACGAUGUCCUGCAUGCUGAAAACGUGAAGGCGGGCCGGGACAAGUACAAAACGCUGCGUCAGAUCCGGCAGGGCAACACUAAGCAGCGCAUCGAUGAGUUUGAGUCCAUGUGAAAAGAAGACCCAACAUUCUCCAAAAUGGCUGCAUGCUUUCUCAUUGAUAACUGAUGCACUUCGCCUCUAGCCCCCCUCAAACAAAUGUUGACCUUUUCUCCUGUCAGCCUGCCAAAGUUGUGCUCCUUGUGAGAUGUCUACCAUGUGUGGGAUAAGACACUGUCACACCAAAGAGGAAUACACUGGGUUCUUUUCAAACAAAUCCCUAGAAAGCUAAAGGUCAAUGAUCUCCAAUUCAGUAUGAUAGUUCUGUUGUUCGCUCCACUUUUGUUUCAUUUUAUCGCUAACACCUUGUUUUUAAUCCACUGUCCCACACUUCAGAGGUGAGACACCAUGUGUCAUAUUGUCAUUCAUGUUUCAUUUAAAAUUGUUCUCCAGUGUUUCCUUUCAAACAGGAUUCAUUUUCAGAUUUUGUUGGGAAAAGAGACACCCGGUCUGUCACUUUCAGGUGUUGAUGAAUGAAGGUAGCAAAGGUGACAAAGGGAAACUGUUACACAACAAGCCUCCAGCUUGAAAGUGUUACCAACAUAAGCUAGUUGAUGGUUGCGUCCUAGUGUGGCUCCCAAAUGUGUUCGAAGUGGUGGUCUCAGCACGUGAAAAUGUGGAACGUAUGAGGCCUGGCAGAAAUCUUCAGUCCUGGUAAUGUUUGAUGACAGGGCCCUAACCAUCUUGUCGCAAAAACAUGGAGGUGGACCUCCAGCUGUGCUUGAGACAAGUGUGAAGAUUUACUGUAAUACGUGACAUUUACAAAGGGGGGAUAUUUUCAUUUGAACCUGGUGUAUGCUUAGUGGUUACCCGUUACAACAGGUGUUAAACAGAUACUGCUUGUAUGAUUUCAGGAUAAACAUCCUUUGUGCAAACAAAGUGCUGUAGAUGUUUGAAAUGAAUUAACAGGAAGAUGAACAUGUUUUAUUUUUAAAUUAACAGUACAUUGUGGUAUUGUAAACAGUCAGUACAUACUGUAUUUGUUAUGCUAUACUUGACAGCUGGUGCAGGUUUUUUUUUUUUUUUUUUUUAAAAGGUGUUAUAAAGCACUUGCCUGCCCUUUGUGUUUAAAGUGUUUGCCAUAGCAGGAAAAAUAGCAUGUGCUUCCAAGACCAUUUUUGAGUUGCAUUCACAAAGCUUAAACCUGCCAGUUAUUUCCUUGGAAGCGGGGUGCUCCAGUUGACUUGAGGUACUUCAUGUUCUUGGCCUGCCCAACUAAGAUAGCUUGUUUGCAAUGUUCUGGCACCAGCUGUCACAGUUUGCUGUUCUUCAUUUCAGAGUCAGUAUGUAAGGAUUGUUUGAUACAUGGUUUGCAAAACUUUGGGUUGGAUCACCAAUAAAAUAUUUUAAACUUG